UUAGAUUUGAGAAACAUAUAUUUAACAUUUUCACUUUUUAUAGUACAUACGAGGAUAUAUUUAAGAAAAACUACUAUUUCUAUUUAGUACUUUUAAUUUUUACGAAUAAAUGGCCAUCCUAAAAGCUUAUUAAAUUUUUCGUGCAGCUUUAAUAUGGAUAAUCAACGACUUUCCAGCUUAUUCGAUGAUGUCAGGGUAGAGUACAUCUGGCAUGCACGCUUGUCCGUACUGUAUGGAUGAUUCCAAAGCCUUCUAUCUAAGAUACAGCAGAAAAGUGAGUUGGUUUGACUCACAUAGGAGAUUUUUAGAUAGGAAACACCCGUACCGCAGAAAUCGGAAAAAUUUCAGUCAUGGAGCUGUUGAGAAGGAUAUUAGUUACGUACGGGAAAUGAGCUGUUAGAGGAGCUGGAUCGUUUUGGGUUUUUACGGGUAUUUGAAGAUGAUGCAUCUAAGUACAACGCUGAAAUCAGUAAGUACUGUGUUGGAUGGAAGAAGAGAAGCAUUUUUUGGGAUCUACCGUACUGGAGAACAAACAUGAUCUGUCACAACUUGGACGUGGUGCACAUUGAGAAGAAAUUUUUUGAUAAUAUUUUCAACACAUUAAUGUGUGUGCCGGGAAAAGCUAAGAAUCAUCUAAAGGCACGUCAAAAUUUAGCCAAGCUCGGCUUCCGAUCGGAAUUGCAUCUAGUUGGUUCAACCAUCCCCAAGGCCUCAUACACACUUAAUAGACAACAAAUAAUUGUCCUUUUAGAGUGGCUUCAAACUCUAAGAUCUGAUGGGUAUGUUUCAAAUUUAGCCAGGAAUAUCGACAUGGCUAAACAUCAGAUAUUCGGGAUGAAGAGUCAUGACUUUCAUGUGUUCAUGGAACGAUUAAUUCCCAUAGCAUUUGGGGAAUUGCUGCCAGCUAAAGUAUGGGAAGCUCAAACAGAAGUUAGUCUGUUCUUUAGAAGUCUUACUUCUACAAAGAUUUCUGCAGCUAAUAUGUGGAGGUUAGAUAAGGAAAUUGCAGUGGUGCUCUGUAAAUUAGAGACUAUAUUUCCUCCAACAUUCUUUGAUGUCAUGGAAUAUCUCCCUGUUCAUCUAGUUACGAGGCAAGGAUAGCUGGUUCGAUACAAUAUAGGUAAAUGUAUCCAUUUGAGAGGUAAAUUUUAAAACUAAUUAUUAUUUAAGUUACAAGUCAGCAAAUCUUAAUUAUUACUAUUUAAAGCUUAAUGUCAAAAAUUACAGGUACCUUUGACAUUUAAAGCUUAAUGUCAAAAACAAAGAGCAUGUUGAGGCUUCGAUCUGUAAUGCAUAUCUUACAGAAGGAGCAUCAUACUUUGUCUCGCAUUACUUUGGGCAAGACGUUCGAUGCAGAGUUAGAGAUCUUCCUAGAAACGAUGACGGACGCUUUAACGUCAAAUUGGGUGUUUUGUCCAUAUUCACACAUCCAAUCAAAUUCCAUAGGAGGGGUAAGGUUCUUAUAAUGGAUGAAGCAGAUCUCAACAUUGCUCAAACAUAUGUUUUGCGAAACUUUCCGGAGGUUAAUCACUUUUAUGAUCAAUUUGUGCACUUAAUCAAAAAGUACGAACCAAAUUUAAACCCAGAGCGGAUUGAUCAUGUGGUGCAAAACCAAUUUGCACGUCAAUUUCAACAGAUUUCUAGGGACGGGCUUCUUGAUGGUGUGGAGAAUGCUGACAUUUUAAAGGACCUCGCCGAGGGACCUUUGCAGAAGGCACAUUGCUAUGAUGUUUGUUACAUGAAUGGUUAUAGAUUUCACACUAUGUCCCAGUCUGCUAAAAAGAAAUCUACUGAAAACAGCGAGGUGUGCGUUAAAUCUGAUGACAACAGUUCCAAUGAAACAAACUUUUAUGGUAAGUUAGAGGACAUUAUUGAGCUUGAGUAUCGGGCACUUCCAAUUAAAAGGGCCACACUGUUCAAAUGUCAAUGGUAUGAUCAAACUACCACCGUAUAUGGCCAUGGUACUAGAAUCCAUCCACGGUACAAGCUGGUUGACGUUCAUAUUGGUCGAUCGUAAAGAAAGUACGAUCCUUUUGUGCUAGCAAGUCAAGCUUUCCAAGUUUAUUAUCUACCUUAUUCGAGUUUAAAGCAUAACAUGAAAGAUUAGCGAGAUGUUUGCAAAGUCAGAUCAAAGCAUUUCGAGGAAAGUGCUUUCCAACUGGAAGAGAAAUCACCGGAUUUUGUGGUAAAUGUAGAUGUUUCGGAGGAAAUAGUCACACCGUUGCGUGAUCCAGCUGGUGAUUUGUUAGUGUUAGACGAAACGAUUGAUGAUAUCGAUGAAAAUGAAGACAUCGACGAAGAUCGUGUAUUAUCUGACGAUGAUGAUGUCGAUGACAAUUAUGUAACCCAAUAAAUAUUUUGAUAUA